AUGGCUGUUACUCGCCAUAAGAUGUUGGUUGGUUCCGACAAUAGAGGACGAAUGCGGGGUCUAGGUUGCUCAAUAAGUAAGGUAGGACUGAAGAAGUCAGCCCCUGCUCGUUCAAAGGUAGAGAAUGUGACAAAAGAAAAAGAAAGCGUAACUCAAGAGUUAUCUCAGGUGAAGAAAAAAUUGGAUGGUAUGACUCAAGAUAUAGUUGAGAUGAAGAAAACAUUGGUUGAUAUGCAGAAAGAUAGACAAUAUACUCAAAAUCUCUCAUCACCAACAGUCGCUAAAUCUACUCAGGCAUCGUCGCCGGAUAUUAUAUAUAUCGGUAAGAGAUGCGACUUGCUUGGUUUUGGAAAAUGUGGUGUAGUUGCUCGUGGUGAAGUACAUGAAGUUAAUCCAAAUGCAACUGUCCAUUGCGAGCCGUUGGAGGAUGGAGCUUUUGUUGUUGUCCUGACUAAGGUUAUACAACCUCAUGCUCCUUUGUGA